UGAGUUACAAAGGUGUGGGUCAUUCGGAACGGUAAGCGCAGCCGUCAAUACAAGAUGGGGAAAGUCUUCUGUGGUUCGUGUGUUGUAGCGACAGCGCUCCUCCUCUUUGGGCAACUUGUCAGUGCGAGUGACUUCACCCACCGCGAGUCUCUGGAUGAAGAAGGAAAGUUCCAGCUUCUCUGGAAGUUUGACGACGAGAAGAUCGAGUUCGAGGCCCAGGUGCAGACGACAGGAUGGGUCGGCUUGGGUCUGUCCCCGAACGGAGGCAUGCCGGGAUCCGACAUCGCCAUCGGCUGGGUCAAAGACGGGACUGCGUAUCUCACGGACCGGUAUGCCGAGGCAAAGGCGCAGCCCUCCGUGGACGAGAGUCAGGACUGGGAGCUGGUGUCUGGGUACGAGAACGGGACUCACACCGUCCUGAGGUUCAACAGGAAGCUGACGACAUGUGACGUUAGAGACCGCGUCAUCAACGAGGACACGUUGCGGGUGCUGUGGGCGUGGCAUGACCAGGACCCGGAGGAAGAGUCCGGGGUGAGCGGCCCGACCUACCACGGGACCAACAGGGGAGCCAGGGCUACUCUCCUUCUCAAUAGGAAACUCACCGAGACGCCAUCAACAGGGACUACCUACUCAUUCGAUCUGCUGAUGAACAACGUCUCUGUUCCCGCCCACCAGGACACGACGUACUGGUGCCGUGUGUUCGAGAUGCCGAACCUACCCACCAAACACCACGUCAUCAAGGCCGAGCCCAUCAUCACCCCGGGUAACGAGGGCAUGUUCCACCAUCUCAUCGUGUACAAGUGCAAGGCCAACCCAAACAUCACCAUCCUGCCCGCGGAACAUCCGGGACAUGAGUGCCAGUCUCCCAACAUGCCUAGCGACUGGGAUGACUGUUACGAAGGAAGCAUGGUCGCAGCAUGGGCCAUCGGCGGAGGGGACUUCAUCUAUCCAGAGCACGUUGGCUACCCCAUUGGUGAUGACGAAGACAGCGGGUAUGUGCUGCUGGAGGUUCACUAUGACAACCCUCAACUGGCAUCAGGCAUAUCCGACAGUUCCGGGAUCAGAAUGACGUACACACCGGAGCUGAGGGAUAACGAUGUUGGAACCUUGGAGGUCGGCGUGACUGUGACCAAAUUUCACGCCAUCCCACCUCGUGCCGUGGACUUCAAGUCUGCCGGGUUCUGCGGUACACAGUGCCUUAAUGCGUUUCUAGAGGAGCUCGGAGAACCCAUCAAGAUCAUCGGAGUGAUGCUGCACGCCCAUCUGCUGGGCGUCAGGCUGAACGCCAGGCUGAUCCAUAACGGCGUGGAGACGGACAUCGCACGGGACGACAACUACGACUUCAACCUGCAGAACACGAGGAUGCUGAAGGAAGAAAUCACCGUCUAUCCGGGCGACACUCUGAUUACAGAGUGCAUCUACAAUUCUGAACAUAGAGACUCGGUGACGUAUGGAGGACUUGGGACACAAGAGGAGAUGUGCGAGGCCUUCUUCCUGUACUACCCGAAGUUCAACUUGACGUUCUGCGACACCAUGAUAAACAUAUACACCACGACUAUGUUUGCUGGUGCCCAGGGUUUAACCUUUGAUGAAAAUUUCGAUAUUCACUUUACGGGACCAGAACACAUGGUCAACAUGACCUAUGAGGAGGUGAUGGAGGCCUUUCCGUGGACUCGCGAGAACGCACGAGACCUCUCCGACGUUCUCCUCGAUUCAACAUUCUACUCGACUUGCCGGAGCACUCCCCAGUCUAGCAUUGACACUGAUGCCCUGCAAGAGUUUGCCCUCCCCUUCCCCCGUGGAACCAGACUGCCUACAGAAGACAUCUGCAGCCUGAGCGCCACACCAACCCCUGAUCCUGACGACUUCACCCAUCACGAGUCUCUGGAUGAAGAAGGAAAGUUCCAGCUUCUCUGGAAGUUUGACGACGAGAAGAUCGAGUUCGAGGCCCAGGUGCAGACGACAGGAUGGGUCGGCUUGGGUCUGUCCCCGAACGGAGGCAUGCCGGGAUCCGACAUCGCCAUCGGCUGGGUCAAAGACGGGACUGCGUAUCUCACGGACCGGUAUGCCGAGGCAAAGGCACAACCCUCUGUGGACGAGAGUCAGGACUGGGAGCUGGUGUCUGGGUACGAGAACGGGACUCACACCGUCCUGAGGUUCAACAGGAAGCUGACGACAUGUGACGUCAAAGACCGCGUCAUCAACGAGGACACCUUGCGUGUGCUGUGGGCGUGGCAUGACCAGGAUCCGGAGGAAGAGUCCGGGGUGAGCGGCCCGACCUACCACGGGACCAACAGGGGAGUCAGGGCUACUCUCCUUCUCAAUAGGAAACUCACCGAGACGACAACAACAGGAACUACCUACUCAUUCGAUCUGCUGAUGAACAACGUCUCUGUUCCCGCUAACCAGGACACGACGUACUGGUGCCGUGUGUUCCAGAUGCCGAACCUGGCCAGCAAACACCACGUCAUCAAGGCUGAACCCAUCAUCACCCCGGGUAACGAGGGCAUGUUCCACCACCUCAUCGUGUACAAGUGCAAAACCAACCCAAACAUCACCAUCCUGCCCCAGGAACAUCCGGGACACGAGUGCCAGUCUCCCAACAUGCCUAGCGACUGGGCUGACUGUUACGAAGGAAGCAUGGUCGCAGCAUGGGCCAUCGGCGGAGGGGACUUCAUCUAUCCAGAGCACGUUGGCUACCCCAUUGGUGAUGAUGAAGACAGUGGGUAUGUGCUGCUGGAGGUUCACUAUGACAACCCUCAACUAGCAUCAGGCGUACGCGACAGCUCCGGGAUCAGGAUGACGUACACACCGGAGCUGAGGGACAACGAUGUUGGAACCUUGGAGGUCGGCGUGAUGGUGACCAAAUACCACGUCAUCCCGCCUCGUGCCGUGGACUUCAAGUCUGCCGGGUUCUGUGGUACACAGUGCCUUAAUGCGUUUCUAGAGGAGCUCGGAGAACCCAUCAAGAUCAUCGGAGUGAUGCUGCACGCCCAUCUGCUGGGCGUCGGGCUGAACACCAGGCUGAUCCAUAACGGCGUGGAGACGGACAUCGCACGGGACGACAACUACGACUUCAACCUGCAGAACACGAGGAUGCUGAAGGAAGAAAUCACCGUCUAUCCGGGAGACACUCUGAUUACAGAGUGCAUCUACAAUUCUGCACACAAAGACAUCGUGACGUAUGGUGGAAUUGGGACGCAAGAGGAGAUGUGCGAGGCCUUCUUCCUGUACUACCCGAAGUUCAACAUGACGUUCUGCGACACCAUGAUAAACGCAUACACCACGGCUAUGUUUGCGGGUGCCCAGGAGAUUUCCUUUGAUGAAAAUUUCGAUCUUCGCUUCACGGCACCAGAACACAUGGUCAACAUGACCUACGAGGAGGUGAUGGAGGCCGUUCCGUGGACUCGCGAGAACGCACGAGACUUCUCUGAAGUUCUCUUCAACUCAACAUUCUACUCGUAUUGCCGGAGCACUCCCCAGUCUAGCAUUGACACUAAUGCUCUGAUAGAGUAUGCCCUCCCCUUCCCCCGUGGAACCAGACUGCCUACAGAAGACAUCUGCAGCCUGAGCGCCACACCAACCCCUGAUCCAGACCCUGCAGGCGGGCCUGGGACUGACGACGGGCCUGGUCCUGCAGGCGGGUCCACAGCACUGCAGGCACAUCACGCUGCAGGCUAUGUUCUGCUCACUUACCUGGUGGCGCUGCUUACUGUGUGAGCAUAGUAACGUUUCUGGUGUCUUCAUAUGAAGGUGUGAAACAAAUAAAGUACAAAUUGUCUCUAGGUCAUGACAAGCUUUCUGUCUUGGCUUGGCUGCGCUGACGAAGAUUUUACGUGGACACGUCUGGAGCUGAUAAGCUAUGAUUUAGAAAGUAUUUCCAAAAUACAUGUUCAUGACCAACAACCAAUCGAGAUUAUGUAUUCUGGGAACUAAAAUCAUUUUCUUUUUAUCAUUUUGUGGUGUGUUCUUUCUUCUUUUUCUAAACAACGACAGAACAUUUGCAGUACACAAAAUGUAGUCUUUUACACAACAGAGCAGAGUUGCUGAAUAUAGUCCUUCAAAAUUUUCUUUUAAUUAAGGGAGAAUGUUUAGCAUUAAAUGCAUUCUUUUACGAUUCAAGUUAGUCAAUGCUGGAUGUCAUUUUAUACAAGAAGUUGUGACAUAAUCAAAUAAAAAGUUUUUGAAUAAUUGUAAAGUAAAAGUUGAUUUUUGAUCAC